UAGGAGCGGGCAGAUUUCGCGCCAUUCGGGUCCGCGAGCACUGUGGGAUAGCAGCCGGAGGCCGCCGCCACCGCUUUGUUUAUAAACACAUUUUAAGAGAUUUGGUCUUUUUCCGACAGCAGCGAAAUGAGAGGAGACGAAACGGACUCCGAGUCUGGAAAAUCGGACGACGGUGGCUCGAUUCGGAGAAGCCUCGACGCGCUCUGUCAGGAGCUGAACAUGGACGAGGAGACGGCUUCGGAAGCGCUGCAGAACUUCACCGCCGUCUGGAACACCUACACUCUGGAGGGUGAGGUGGUCCACUGGCUGGCCUGCUCUCUGUAUGCUGCUUGCCGAAAAGGCUCCACUCCCACUGUUGGGAGAGGUCUGGUGGAAGGCAACUGCGUCUCCCUCACCAGGAUCCUCCGCUCCUCCAAACUCAGUCUGAUCCAGUUCUUCAGCAAGAUGAAGAAAUGGGCGGACAUGUCCAACCUCACUCAGGAUUUCCGGAACCGCAUAAGCCACCUCGAGAGGAACUUCGAAGUAUCGACUGUGAUUUUCCGUAAAUUUGAACCAAUAUUUUUGGACAUGUUUCAGAAUCCUCAGGGUGAGCCUCCUCGUCUGCCAAGAGGGAGGAAGCACAGGCGCCUUCCAUGCCACAUCAGUGAUGUCUUCAAGUUCUGUUGGACGCUCUUCGUUUAUACCAAAGGUAAUUUCCGUAUGAUUGGCGAUGAUCUGGUGAACUCCUACCAUCUCCUCCUCUGCUGUCUGGACCUGGUCUUUGGUAACGCUCUACUCUGCAGCAACAAGAAAGACCUCAUCAAUCCACACUUCAGAGGUUUGCCGAAGGAUUCUGGAAGCUCAGAAGAGGCUCCUUGUGUGAUUGAGAAGCUGUGUGAGCUGCAUGAUGGUCUAGUCGUAGAGGCAAAAGGAAUAAAGGAGCAUUACUUCAAACCCUACAUCCGACGGCUGUUUGAGAAAAGAAUUCUGAAAGGAGAUGAAGAGACCCUCACUGAGUUACUGGACACCCCCAACUUCCAAGAUAAUAAUAAAGCCAUAAACCGUGAGUACGAGGAGUACGUCCUGACCGUGGGGGACUUCGACGAGCGAGUGUUUUUGGGGGCCGAUGCAGAUGAGGAGAUUGGCACCCCACGCAAAGCUGCCAUCGAGCCGCCUUCUGGCCAACUGUCAGCCCGCAUGCAGGUGGAGAACAACCUGCAGCAGCACUUUGAGAAGACACGCUCCCUGGCUCCUUCGACCCCACUUACAGGUCGGCGGUACCUCAAGGAGAAAGAGCUGCUUAUCACACCGGUCUCCUUGGCAACUCAGAGCGUGAGUCGACUGCAGAGCAUGGUGUCCGGCCUCCGCAACGCCCCGAGUGAUGCCCUGCUGCAGAUCUUCAAGGCUUGCUCUCGUGACCCCACUGAGACCAUUUUGAGUCGUGUGAAGACUUUUGGAGAGACUUUUAAACAGGGCUACACCAAACAAACCGAUGACCUUCCAGGAGCUCAUAUGGAUUUUGCUGAGAACCGUCUGAAGCUAGCUGAGAUCCUGUACUAUAAGAUCCUGGAGAGCGUCAUGACUCAGGAGAUGAAGAGACUUCAUGGUAAAGACAUGACUGGGCUGUUGGAGCAAGAAGUGUUCCACUGCUCUCUUUUGGCUUGCUGUCUGGAGGUGGUACUGUUUGCGUACAGCUCUCAGCGAACCUUCCCUUGGAUUUUAGAAACCUUCCAGCUCAGGCCCUUCUACUUCUAUAAGGUGAUAGAGGUGUUUAUCCGCUCUGAGGAGGGUCUCUCCAGAGACAUGGUCAAGCACCUGAACACUAUAGAGGAGCAGGUGUUGGAGAGCAGGGCUUGGACUAAAGACUCUGUACUGUGGGAGGCUUUACACAACGCUAACAAUAAAGUUCCCACCGUAGAGGAGGUGAAUUUCCCUAGUAGUUUUGACACGGGCAGUAACAGCAGUAGUGGUGGCCCCACCCAUCUCCCUCUGGUGGCUCUGUCUCCCAUCAUCCACCCCCGCCUCCGAGAGGUCCGCACUGGCCUCGGCUCCAGCGCUCGCAAAGAUGUCCCUCCGUCUCCUAUCUCCCUCCACGACCGCUUCAGUUCCCCAGCGGCCGGCAGUGCCAAAAGACGCUUGUUUGGUGAUGAUCCUCAACCUCAGUCUCCAGUGAAGAGGAUCUCAGUCACCCCCAUAAAAAUCAUACCCAGCACCUCUGCAGAAGGCAGCCAACAUGCCAACACGACUACUGUCCUCUCUAUGUCCACCACCAACGGCCAGCAGCUCAAUAUUCCCUUGCCAGUGGUCAAAAAUGAAAUGGGAGGCAUCACAGUGAUUCAGGUCCAGGCCAGCGAUCUGAACCCCCUCACAGCUCAGGUGUUGCUUGCCUCCCCCACGCGAGCGCCUGCUCCUCUCGCCUGCCCGGAUUUACAAAUGCAGCCGGUCAACAGACCCCGCCGCACCGGCUCCCUCGCCCUCUUCUUCCGCAAGGUUUAUCAUUUAGCCAGUGUGCGUCUGAGGGAUCUGUGCCUGAGGUUGGACAUUUCUGCAGAACUGAGAGGUAAAAUCUGGACAUGCUUUGAACACUCCUUGGUCCACUGCCCGGACCUGAUGAAGGACAGACACCUGGAUCAACUCUUGCUCUGUGCUGUCUACAUCAUAUCCAAGCAGAUCUCAAAAGAGGAGCACAUGUUCCAGGACAUUAUGAAGUGCUAUCGGAGCCAACCUCAGGCCAGCAGCCACGUGUACCGCAGCGUGCUGCUACGGAGAAGAGUCAGAGAACAGCAGGCUGAUGAGAACAUGGAGGUGGACCCACCAGCAGAUCAGUCCAACGAGAGGACUGCCGCCAGACCCGAGUUUGACAGCGAAUCGGAGGAGGAGAGGGGUGACCUCAUCCAGUUCUACAACUCCGUUUAUGUUCUAAAGAUGCAGAAUUUCGCACUCAAAUAUGCUCUUCCAGCAUCGGAUAGUCGGACGGAGGCCCCCCCGUUAUCUCCAUUCCCCUCGGUGCGAGCUCAGCGCCUCUCCCCACGGCGAAUCUCUCAGAGACACUCCAUCUAUCUCUCUCCGCAUAAGAACGGCUCCUGCCUCACCCCCAACUCCGCCUACACGUACAAGUUCAGCGGCAGCCCCUCUAAGGAGCUGAGUGACAUAAACCGCAUGAUCCGUCAAGGCGGCGUGAGCAAGAAGCGAGCCUUCACAAUGGAUGGAGACGAGACGGAGUCUCCCACCAAACGCCUGACCCAGGAGAAUGACGACGUUCUGCUUAAGCGCCUGCAGGAUGUGGUCAGCGAGAGGGCCAACCACUGACCAGUAAUGGACAAGAGACAGUUACUCACUCUCCCAUCAGAGAGGGAGGCAAUGCUGCAGGUCACAAUCAGCAAAUUAAUGAUCACGGACCGUCAGAGCAUAUCAGCCACGUCUCCUUUACGGAGCCACUCGGAGCUCCUGUCCAUGGAUCAUGACUGACAGUUCAUUACCGAACCCUUCAGCGUGGGUUUGAGAAUCAGGACAGUCCUCAGGUUUUUAUUUCAAUCCUUUGAAAUGGAUCAAAAUUGGUUUGAUCCACACUUUUAAUAACCAAAGACCACAUUCGCACACACAAAGGUCUGCAGACAGCAGCGUUUCCACUGAAAUGAAGGAUAUUGAUAGUGGGUUUGUGCUGCAGUAACAGCCUCUACUCUUCUGGGAAGAUUUGAUGCUAGAUGGAACAUUGCUGUGAGGAUGUGAUUGCAUUCAGCAUUCGCAAGAGCAUUAGUGAGCUCAGGUAUUGAUGUUGGAUGAUCAGUUGUAGAACACAUGCUGUUCCAGCUGAUCUCAGAGGUAUUCAGACAGCCCUUCUGAGUGCAUUUAGCUGCUUUAAGGUCACCCGUUGCUGUGGCUCCUGUUAGGAUGAAGCAAUCCGAACCAAAAAAAUACACUACAUACUUUGAUGUGUGUGUAAUUGGUUGCAUUACAUGUGAUGCUGGAAGUGAUCUCCAUUUUUUACCAGACACACAAAAGGGUACGGGCGUCUGCACCUGGAAGGUGCAAACUGAGCUUAAACGACGCAAUGGCUUUCCUGUGCCGACAUCAUCGCUCCUACACAGGGGCAUCCCAGCUUGUUUGAAGCUCCGAACACUGAGGAGCACAUUGCACAUUGUUUUGUUCAGAUUGCUUCGUCCCAGAGAGAGUUAUUACAGAAUAUUCGGGGCCUCUUUCGAGUGAAUCUCCCUGUAUGAUCUCCAUAGAGUAGCAUCAGCCAAUAGAAAGGGACGCUCUGGAGCAGCAGUGCUAAGCUCGGGGGCUCUCGAAGAGAAUGCCAUGGGACAGCCGUGAGAAAUUUGGGGCUAAAUGUGGAGGGAACAGACUUAUUAGGGUGACAAACUUUCCAAACAAGUCUAACAGCUUAUGAAGGUGGAGCUCAAAGUAGGGGGCGCUGGUGCGCUCAUCUGUAUUGUCUGAGACAACAAUCCUGUCAUUGUAAACUCCAUUUAAGCAUGUAGACGAGUGUCCCCAGUGCAGAGACGACGUUACACACUGCAAAAACAUGUUUAGUCAAGUAAAAUGAUCUUAAUUAUAGUCAAUAAAUCUAUUUCCCCUGCUGAAAUUGUUGUACGCUGAAGAUACAACAUUUAUGACUUGUUUCAAGCAGUUUUGUUAAGUAAAAUGAUCUCACUGUAGUGGCAGAUACAAGCAACGUAAUGUGAAAUGUGCUUGAAACCAGCAAAAUUAUUUUCCAGCCUAGUUAGAGAAUUUAAUAAUAAUCCUGGAAACAUGUCAAUAAUGUCUAGAAAUAAGGAAGAUAAUCUUAUAAUAAGUGAUAUUAUACAGAUCGGCUAGAAUUACGAACAUUUCACUGGACGAGACGCUAUUUUUUUGCAGUGCAAUGCAGUAAACGGAAACAUCACCUCUUACGAAGGGGAGAAACAGUUAAACAGAAACCAUUUAGAUGAUAAAUCACUGGAUGUGUUAUCGAUUGUAAAGAGCAUGGACUGGAGGAAGUUUAGAGGGGAUGAGCCCUCAUUUGGCACAUUUUGCCGCACUUUAAGCACCAGAGGUUUAACGUGUUGGUAUUCUUGCCCAUAUCUGGCCCCGUGAGACGGAACAUGUCCAGUGCUAAGUGUGGGUCAGAGGAGUAUUGAAAAAAUGAAUUGGGUUUUAGAUCAAAAUCAGUUUAAAAGUGCAGUUUUCAAAUGUCAAGAGCUGCAAUUUUAAUUAUAACCUACAGGUUUUAAGUAGGAUAUGUUUCGCUUAAUAAUAAUAAUACAUGAGUUGGACCAAUCAGAGGCAAUAAUCACCCAAAUGAUGCAUAAAUGACAUCACAACCACAGCUGACCGGCUGCCUGGCACAAAAAUUUCUGCUUAAGUCAUUCAGAGCGGCUUGGUGUGAAACGAUCCGAUCUACAGAGUCUGAUCUGCUGACAGUGGUGGUGAUGGGAACCAGACGUCCCCCUCUAAAAGCUCCUCACAGAAAGUUCCUACAUGAAAUGGUUCUGAAUUCACUGCCUGAUGACUGAGACGCUGUUUUAUGAGAGUUUAGAGAACUUCAACUCCAUUCGUGGUGGAGGGAGACAUGCAGGGCGCUGUGAGGCAGAAAGGCAUUACGUCACUGACGUACAGGUUUUGGCCUAAAAUAUUGUUAUUCAGUUUGUUCAUGGAAGAGAGAAACUUGCAGAAUGAGGUAAGUAGCUUAACUGGUUGUUCUGGAUGGUAAAUAAAGUGUCUAUAUCUGUGUUGUAGUCAUGGCGACGCCUGGUUCCCAUCACCACAACCAUUUCACACCAAACCACUCUGGAUCUGUCUGAUGGUUUAGAAAUUUUUAAAAAUUGCUGGAAAUUUUUCAGAAUUUCUAGGUAAUUCAGUGUUUGAGGUGGAAACAAAGUGAUUUAGAUACCAAAACGUUAUUUUAAAACCAUCUUAAACCAGUCAGUCGUCAGGCAGUGAGUCUGUAACCAUCUCAUGUAGGAACUAUCUGUGAGGAGCUUUUAGAGGGGGACGUCUGGUUACUGUAAAUCUGAGUCUCCAGUGAACUGUUUCAUUUUCCCCUGUAAAGAGGCUGAAUCCACGCAGUGGAAGGGCUGUCUGGAUGUGUUUAGAGCAUGCUCUGCUGUCUGAAAGCUUUGGCCUUUAAACCAGCCGUACUCAACCGAUGAAGAGGCAUCAUCACGGUUCCUCCAGGCCUCUCGGUGAGUUCUCCGCCUGGAGGUCUCCAGGCUUUUGUCUGCUGCUGAACCCGUUUACAUACAGGGCGUUUUAUCCUCAGCACAUCCAGCCUGUGGUGUGUUCAGGGCUCGUUCUCUGCUGCAGGUCGUGCAGCUGCGUCAGCGUGUGUAGUAUCUACACUACAGAUUUUAAGUCACUCUGCUUUCUUUUCUCGGCUGGAGAACGCAGUCCAUUCCCUGAUGCGCGCCGCCGGGAGUCUUCGUUAUAAAAUUCCGCACUGUUCUUAUUCUUCAUGGUUUUCCUGGAACAAAGUUUUUAUAAGUGGUAAUCGUUUGUCAGUGUUCACGCGGUCUUUAUUGGUGCCCUCGCUGUCGUUUUUGUCCUCCUUUUAUUCCCAGCGGAGCACUCUAAUGAUUUCGCAUCGUCAGCUGUCACAAUAUUCUCUAAUAUUUUUAUUCUCAUUUUUUUUUAACCGAAAUUUUCGGUCUGGCACCCGAUAUCCUGGUUCCAAGGACGUUCUGUUUGAAAAACAGAAGUGUCUUCUUAAAAGUGUGAAACAGAACUGCUGUUUUAUUUUGUUCAGAAAAGUGGCUUUGAGCGCUGUUUAUAAAUAGAAAUGCACAACCACUGAAUUGAUCAUUGAGUUUUUACUGUCAUGUUUUUGCAGAAAGGAGAUCCCUGUGCUCAGCAUACACAUCCCUAUCAGUGCCUUUCAGUGUACAUAGAAAUAAAGUAUUUCCUGCUACUCA